UUUCACUUGCGUUUUUGUGGCAGUGUCCAGCUGGUAAACUAACUUAGCUAGCUAGUUAAUAACUUAAAACUAGUUACAUUUCUAGCUAGCUAACGUAAUUGAAGUAUAUUCAGCCCAUCUUUCAACGGAACCUUCUGUGCUAGGUGCAUUGGGAGUUAACGAGUGUCACCAUGGAAAACCUUAACAAAAUUGAGUCGAUGUUUAUUAUUCUGGUGAUCUGUGUCGUCGUUACUCGGGGUUCAAUAACCACAACUCAUUCUACUCCUACUCCUCCUAAACCAUGCGCCGCUCAAACAAGCUGUGAGACUUGUCUCACGAACGUGUCGUGUCUGUGGUGUCAGACCAAUGCCACGUGCAUGGAUUAUCCAGUGUCUUAUGUCAUCCCCCCAUCUUCUGUGUGUAAACUCUCUAAGGCCCGUUGGGGUGUCUGCUGGGUGAAUUUUGAGGCCCUGAUCAUUGCCAUGGCGGUGGUGGGUGGAGUUGUGCUGCUGGUAGUUACUGUGUGCUGCUGCUGGUGCUGCUACCGUUGUGGACGCUCUAGACGCUUGUCACGGCAGGACCUGUAUGAGGAAGAGUAUACUCGGAAGAGAGAGCAGAUCAGGCAGCGUUCGGACGAGAGGAAGGCAGAAAGGAAGACAAGACAUGAUGAAAUCCGUAAGAAAUAUGGUCUUAUUCCUGACUCGGAUCAUCCAUACAGCAAGUUUGAAAAUGAGUGAAACAGAAAGGGGGUGGUUCCUUUCCUGGAGAACGCAGGAACAAGAGCAGAGUUCUUUAGCUAUGUUCUUUCUUGUUGAAGUUUCAGCAUUUUUUUUUAACCAACUGCUUUAGGUGAGGGAGAGCUGUUUGAUAGUUACCUAAGGUUGAUGUCAUCAUAUCCCAAGCAUUUCACUGAUUUGUAUAUCUGUCUAAUUGACUUGAUGCAUGAUGCCUCAUCAAUUUCUCAGAACUAAUGUAAUACGAGCUAUCUUUCUAUAGUCUGUCUCUCAUUCUGUUAAAUGCACUUUUGCACUCAUUGAAAAUCUCUGAAGAACUGAUGUUUAUUGUAUUCUGACACCUAAUUUACAUUUGAUUGUGAAAUUUAGACAUCUUGAAACCAUUGUUUUAAAUCACUCACCGGAUUAGCUGUUUGUGCUGUAAGAUGUCAUCUUAUGAAAUGUUUCCUAAUAAAGUCAUUUUAAAGAAAUCA